UAUGACCAAUUGCCCUACUCUGAUUGUCAUGGUGGGUCUCCCAGCAAGAGGAAAAACCUACAUCUCGAAGAAGCUGACACGCUAUUUAAAUUGGAUUGGAGUGCCUACAAAAGAAUUUAACGUUGGUCAGUAUCGUCGAGAUUUGGUGAAAAAGUAUAAAUCUUUUGAAUUCUUCCUGCCUGACAAUGAAGAAGGCUUGAAAAUCAGGAAACAGUGUGCCUUAGCAGCGCUGAAUGACGUCCGACAGUACCUCAGUGAAGAAAACGGGCAUGUGGCUGUCUUUGAUGCUACAAACACAACUCGAGAACGUAGAGAAACUAUUUAUAAAUUUGGUGAAGAAAAUGGAUAUAAGACUUUUUUCGUUGAGUCAGUAUGCGUUGAUCCAGAGGUUAUCGCUGCAAACAUUGUGCAAGUGAAACUGGGUAGUCCUGACUAUGUUGAUUGUAGUAAUGAUGAAGCAACAGAAGAUUUCAUGAAAAGAAUAGAGUGCUACAAGAACUCGUAUGAGACGUUAGAUGAAACUCUUGACAAGGAUCUUUCUUAUAUUAAAAUUAUGGAUGUCGGAAGGAGUUACCUUGUGAACAGAGUUAUGGAUCACAUCCAGAGCCGGAUUGUCUACUACCUCAUGAAUAUCCAUGUGACUCCCCGGUCAAUCUACCUCUGUCGACAUGGAGAAAGUGAACUCAAUCUGAAAGGGAGAAUAGGAGGAGAUCCUGGACUGUCUGUCAGGGGGAAAGAAUUUGCCAAAAGCUUGGCACAAUUUAUUAAUGAGCAAAAUAUCAAAGAUCUGAAAGUUUGGACCAGCCAGAUGAAAAGGACAAUUCAGACUGCUGAAGCCUUGGGAGUGCCUUACGAGCAGUGGAAGGUUUUGAAUGAGAUAGAUGCAGGAGUGUGUGAAGAAAUGACGUAUGAAGAAAUACAGGAAAAUUAUCCGCUUGAAUUUGCACUGAGAGACCAAGACAAAUACAGAUACAGAUACCCUAAAGGAGAGUCCUAUGAAGAUCUUGUUCAGAGACUGGAGCCGGUAAUUAUGGAACUUGAAAGGCAGGAAAAUGUGCUUGUCAUAUGUCACCAAGCUGUCAUGCGCUGUUUGCUUGCAUAUUUUCUUGACAAGCCUGCAGAACAACUGCCUUACCUGAAGUGCCCGCUGCAUACUGUCUUAAAGCUAACCCCUGUGGCUUACGGAUGUAAAGUAGAAUCUAUAUUUCUGAAUGUUGAAGCUGUAAACACACACAGAGAUAAACCCGAGAAUGUAGACAUUUCCCGACCUCCCGAGGACGCUCUUGUAACAGUCCCUGCUCAUCAGUGAAUCCUGUGUGCUGAUCAACUAUCGAACUUGGGGUGCUGUUUUCAUCCUACUACUUCAAAAUAAAUUGAAAAACUAAUCAUUCCAAUCACUUUGAAAUAAAAAAGCCCCACCCAAACCCAACAACUCAAAACCCAAAUCAAAUGUUUGUACAGCGCAUGACUUGAAAAAAAAUUAUUAUCAAAUCACAAUAAAACUGUAUUGCACUG